GCCGGAGAUAGCUGGUACACAGUGCAGUCGUCUAGACCACUUCCAUCGGAUACGAAUCCAAAUAGCUGGCCUUGCCGACCCUCGGUGGUAUAGAUCUGCAGCUCGUAGGGACCUGGAAGGUGGGGGAGACAGGACGCGCAACAACUAUUCCAAAGAUGCUCUACAUCCUCGACUACGGCGCCGGCAAUGUCCGCAGCCUGGCUAACUCGAUCAAGAAGCUCGGCUACGAUUUUAAAUGGGUUGCUUCCCCAGCGGACCUCGAAAAAGCCGAUGCCCUGCUAUUUCCCGGGGUCGGCUCCUACUGGGGAGCGCUGCAUAGCCUCCGAACAAAAGGCUAUGUAGAGCCUCUAAAAGCCUACAUCGCCUCUGGGAAACCGUACAUGGGCAUCUGCAUUGGCAUGCAGGCCCUCUUCGACGCCUCGGACGAAGGCACAGAGACUGUCCCAGGAUUGGGGAUCGUACCUGGCAGAGUGUCAAGGUUUAGCGAGGUCGAUGCGAGCGGUCGGAAAAAGAGCGUGCCGCAGAUGGGGUGGAACGAGGCGCGUGCGUUAGAAAGGGAGCAGAUCGGCUUCGCAGAAGCAGAGCGCUAUGGCCUUUCUUCCAGCUCCAGCUCCAGCUCCAGUAGCACAACUCAGCACUUUUACUUUGUCCACUCCUAUCGAGCGGCGUACGAUCCCAAGUUGCACGCCGAGUGGGCGCUGACGCUAACACAGUAUGGUGAAGAAGUGUUCAUCAGCUCCAUCUCCCGCGGUAAUGUCUUUGGCACACAGUUCCACCCAGAGAAGAGCGGUCGUGCCGGGCUGGAGCUGCUACGUGCCUGGCUGCACCGCUCGUGCGACCAGUCUAAUUUGGCAGCAUCGCCGUCGUCGUCAGCUGCUGCCUCGACAUCGGCGACGCCGCGCGAAUCCAGCAAGGUCAAGGAUGCGGAAGCGGCCGGGAAACCAAGAGGAGGCAAGGAUGGGCUGACAAAGCGUGUGGUUGCGUGCUUAGAUGUGAGGUCCAAUGAUGCGGGCGACCUGGUCGUGACCAAGGGGGAGUCAUACGACGUCCGCGAAAAGGCAGACGAGCAUGAGCAAGCCGGGGCGGACGGUAAAGGCGCCAUACGCAACCUUGGCAAGCCGGUCGACUUGGCACACAGGUACUACCUCGAAGGCGCCGAUGAGAUUGUCUUCCUCAACAUCACGUCUUUCCGCUCGAGCCCGCUGAAGGACCAGCCGAUGCUCGACGUCCUGCGCCUCGCCGCGGCCGAGUGCUUUGUCCCGUUGACUAUCGGCGGCGGGAUCAAGGACUUUGUCGAGCCGGAUAGUGGUGUGACCAAGAGCGCAAAGGAGGUGGCGGACGAGUACUUCCGCGCCGGCGCGGACAAGGUCAGCAUCGGCUCCGAGGCGGUACUGGCUGUCGAGGAGAUGCUUGCGCGGCAGGGUUCUGGCGUGACGGAUCCCGCGCUGGUCGAUGACAGCGCGCUGACGGGCAAGACAGGGAUCGAGAUGAUCUCCAAAGCGUACGGUGCCCAAGCUGUCGUUGUCAGCAUCGACCCGCGGCGCGUGUACCUGCAGCCGUCGGACGCGGUGCCGCCCGCACAUGCGGCGUGCGUCGUCACUGGUGAACCAGGCAGCGAAGAUGCCGGCAAGCGAUGGUGGUACCGCUGCACGAUCAAAGGCGGGCGCGAGGAUCGAGAUAUCGACGUCGUGCAGCUUGCGCGUGGCGUGCAGCGACUCGGGGCUGGCGAGGUCCUACUGAACAGCAUCGACCGUGACGGGAGCAACAAAGGCUUCGACCGGCAGCUCGUCGACCUCGUCCGCCGCAGCGUCAGCAUCCCCAUCGUCGCGAGCUCCGGUGCGGGCGUGCCAAAGCACUUUGAGGACAUCUUCGUGCCGCAGCCGCUGCGCACCGGCGAGGCGCCGAGCUCUGUCGAGGCCGCUCUCGCAGCGGGCAUUUUCCACAGGCAGGAGUGCACGAUUGGUGAGGUCAAGCAGCACCUGCUCGCCACCAGCUUCAACGUGCGCAGCGAGAAUGUGCAGGAGGGCGCCAGCGAAUCAUAGAAGCGAAUACUAAAGCGGGCGACAUCGAUGUCGCAUAGAUCGAGAAACAAAUUGCAAUGCAUGAGACAAAAGGGACAGCUAAUGCUGAG